GAUAGACGCUAGAAUCCCACCAGGCACCGUCUGUGUUAUGCACGGGGCUUCAUCCAUGCCAGUGCUCACUUGUGGUGUUGAUGUGUGCAUGUUGGUGGCAUGUAUUUGGAUGAUACUCCCACGCGGACGCAGAGGAAAGGGCAGCAGACUAACACAAACCCAACAGGGCCGGGACAUCGCAGGAAGAGACGGUUGGCUUUGAGACGGACCACGAUGGAGGGCCAAAAGGAGGAGGGGAAGUGUAGACAGAGCUUGUGUGUUAAUAUGUGUGUAAGGGGCAGUUGUUAACCUUCCGAUCAUAGUGUUGCAUGCCUGCCACUGCAGACAGAGCAGGACAAAUACACAGAUGGAGGGAGCUCGGUUAAGGACACAAACUUUUCUCUCUUUUCCUUCCAUUCUAACUUUCUUUUUUACAUCAUUUUCUGAUUCCUGCUGUGCUUUCUCCUGUUCUUCUAUAAAUGUCUGACUCCAUUUUUGUCAAAUUCCCUUAUGUGCGACAAGUCAGCUUAAUCUUUUUUACUGCUGAUGCUCUUGCACUUUUAAUAUUUCCGUUUAUCAAACUUCCUGCCUCACUGCUGCUUCCUUCUAUCUUCCUGAUUUGGCUUUUUCUUCAACUUUCUCCUCUCGCCUCCAGUCUUUUGGAUGGAUACCUACUCCCUGCUCUACAGUUCUUCCCACAGAACCGCACUUCUCUCCGGCUUCCAGCGCCUGCGCUCUCAAAGGAGGAUGUGCGAUGUCGUCCUGGAGGCUGGAGGUGUAUCUUUCCCGUGUCAUCGCGCCCUUUUAGCCAGCUCCAGCGACUAUUUUUGGGCUCUGUUUGGAGAGACGACUGCAGAAAGAUUAGCGGGCUCUAUUAGCCUCCCGGCGCUAACACCAGAGGGUUUAGAUGCUAUACUGGACUUCCUGUAUUCUGGCUGGCUCAGCAUUUCACAUGUGACACUUCCUGUCGUGCUCGAGGCAGCCAGGUACUUGCAGGUGGAGCCGGCUGUGUCGAUAUGUGAAAGAUUUAUUAUUGAUGGUUUAAACGCUGAGAAUUGUUGCUGCUAUGCUAAUCUAGCGGAGCACCACGCCCUCUCUGAUGCACUUGAAGCUGCAAAUCAAACCAUCGCUAUGGAGAUGGGGACAUUACUCAAGGAAAGACGAGAUGACCUUCUAGGGCUGAACAUCCAAUCCUUGAUGGCGGUUCUUGACGCUGAUGAGAUUCCUGCGGUAAAGGAGGCAGCCCUUAUAAAGCUAGCUCUUGAUUGGCUGAAUGAAAAUGGACCCAUCCCUCUGCUGAAAUCAAAUCUUCUGCUGAGUCAUCUGCGCUUCGGAUUGGUUGCUCCCUCUGACCUUGCUGAUCUCGGCCGCGCUCACAAAGCCAUGGCCACACCUCUGAUCAGGAGUCAGCUUACUCGAGCGCUGGAGUACCACAGGAUGGGUGCAGCUCAACCAAUCAGACAGAGCAGACAAUCCACACUCAGAGCGUCGCCCAAUCGUGUGCUGCUUGUUGGAGGAGGAUCCAGGCCUGAUUGGCCGGAGCAGCAGGUGUUGGCGUACGAUCCUCGAAGCAGGAAGUUCUCAUCUUUGAGUUCCAGGCUUCCACUGCGGCUCAGAAAUCACUGCGUGUGCUCAGUUGGAGGUUUCCUCUUUGUGUUGGGAGGAGAAGAGGUCAAAGAAGGAGGGGACGAUGAAAAAAAGUCUGGCAGUGUAGCAACAUCCAACCAGGUGUGGCGCUAUGAUCCUCGCUUUGACUCCUGGGAGAAGAUGGAGUCCAUGCUGGAGAGGCGAGCACAGUUUACUUGCUGUGUUGUAGAGGAUUUCAUUUACACCAUUGGUGGACGACACAUACGACAAGAAACCAACACGUACACCUCUGUAGCAUCUGUUGAGUUUUACGACAUGGCAACGGGAGUGUGGAGAAGAGGACCAGCAAUGCCUCACCCACUUUACGGCCAUGCUUCUGCAGUGCUCGACGAUGCCAUCUACCUGUCUGGUGGUAUUCCAGGCAACCAGCACAGCGGCAUCUACAGUGAUAACCAAGAUGACCGCAGAGAGAGCAGCAAAGAGGUUCUUUACUGGGACACCAAAAGUCCAGUCUGGGAGAGGCGAGCACCAAUGUCCAUCGCCAGGUUUGGGCAUCGUUUGGCAACCACCCAUGGCCACAUCUACGCCCUGCUGGGAAUGUAUGAACCUUUCUGUGAUAUCGAACAGUACGAUUCAGUGUCAGACCACUGGACUCGCCUACGACCUCUUCUUACUGGCUCUUUCAACUACGGCAUGGUGACAACGCCAUCUGGGAAUCUACUUGUGUUUGGGGGGAGGAAGUGGAGCGACGGACAGGAGGUGAUUGUGACGAGUGUGUUGGAGUACGACACAAAGAGAGAUCGAUGGAGGGAGAUAGGUCAGCUUCCCAGACCGCUAACUGGGACUGAAUGUACACUUCUGCCUCUGCCUGACUGAGGUGAACUGAGUGAAAAAUGUUAGAAUGAAAGUAAGAAAGUUCCACAAGAAGGCAGUGCCACCUAGAGAAGAGGACUGUUUAUUUUUAUUGAUACUGAUACCCUAAAACAGGGAUGUCAAACUCAAUCGCAGAAAGGGCCGGAUUCUGAAUUAAGGUCUGACCUGAGGGCCUAACAGGGUCCACAUUUAACCAAACUGUCAACCUCAUUUUCGCCAGUAAAAAAUUAGGAGGGAAAAAUUAGCAAUUAUGAUAAAUGAUUUUAAGAUUUAAAUAGUCAAAAUGAUAAGCUUAAAGGCUCAAAAUCUGAGAUAAAAAGUCAAAUUAUUAGUUC